UAGAACUUGUCCUGAAGAACUAGAAAUCAUAAACAUAAUUUCUUUUCCAUAGAAAAAGCUAAAAGAAAUGGCUAUCACAAAAACCUCUGUGACUCUUUUUCUUCUAAUAGCAUUGGCAAUUUCGAUGUUCAACUGCAAUGUUGUGGCCGCAUCAGUGCCACCAAAUUGCUAUGCUCGAUGUGUGCCAGGAAGGUACGAACUUCGUGAAUGUGUCCAUGACUGUAUUGUGAAACGCCAAGGGUAUACUUAUGGGAGGUGUGUUCCGAACCCUAAUGGAAAAUGUUGUUGUAACCACGAAUGAUAAGAAACAAUAUUUUCUUAUAAUUGGUGAUAUAAGCGAUAUUGUUCUCAGUUUCAUUUGCUUUAACUAAAUAAAACUAAUCCUAUUAUGCAAAA